GUCUGCGAUAGGUUUUCGAGUCUGUCUAUCGUUAUUACUUCAUAAACAAAACAUAAACAGUUUUCCACGUGCUGAGGAUGGGUCGGAACAAAGCGAAUGCAAAGAAGCCAGCAGCGGGCGCUAAAGCUGGAGCUGCAGCUGGAACCAGCAAAGAGCAGCCCAAGACAGCGCUAAAUAAAUCCAAGAAGGCCAAGAAUGUUUUCAAGGUCAACAGUAACAACAAGGGCAAGAAGAAGCCUAAGGAAGUACAAGGAAAAUUGAAACAGAUCAAGGAGACCGUCAAGGGCAAGCAAGAAAAGGUGGAUGCCAGCUUGAAGUUGCUACAUAAGGAUAUGGUCGUUAAGAAGCCUGCCAAGCCAGCAGCAACGCCCAUUAAGAAUAGCAAGAAGCCUGCUGCCAAUACCAGCAAGGUAUCCGAUACGCUGGGAAAGCUUAAGUUUUAAAAGUAUGGAACCAAAAUAGUUAAUUGCAAUAAUUAUUAGAAUUGUUUAUUGUAGUAAAUACAAUUUGAUGUUAAAACCAAACAUAUUAAAAACCCUUUUA